AUGGACCUGGUCAACCACACCAAUGUAAAGGAAUUUGUCUUUCUGGAACUUACUCGCUUCCAAGAGCUGGAGUUCUUCUUGUUUGUGAUCUUUCUUCUUGUGUACCUGACCACUGUGCUAGGAAAUGCCCUCAUCGUGAUCACCAUAACCUCAGAGGUACGACUGCACACUCCCAUGUACUUUCUCCUCAGGAACAAAUCAGUUCUGGACAUUAUUUUCUCAUCUAUCACAGUCCCCAAAUUCCUGGUGGGUCUUCUCUCAAAAAGGAAAACUAUCUCCUACAGUGGCUGUUUGACUCAGAUCUUUUUCUUUCACUUUGUUGGCGGGGCAGAUAUAUUUUUCCUCUCUGUGAUGGCCUAUGACAGAUACCUUGCAAUUGCCAAACCCUUGCACUAUGUGACCAUUAUGAGAAGAGAAGUGUGGGUGGCCUUGGUGGUGGCCUCCUGGGUAGGUGGUGGUUUGCAUUCAAUUGUCCAGAUAAUUCUAAUGCUUCCACUCCCCUUCUGUGGCCCCAACACUCUGGAUGCCUUUUACUGUGAUGUCCCACAGGUUGUCAAGCUGGCUUGCACUGACACUUUUGCUCUGGAGCUUCUCAUGAUCUCCAACAAUGGUCUGGUGACACUUCUGUGGUUCCUCCUGCUCCUGGGCUCCUACACCAUCAUUCUGCUGAUGCUAAGAUCCCAUUCUGGGGAGGGACGGAAUAAGGCCUUUUCCACUUGUACCUCUCACAUCCUCGUAGUGACUCUCCAUUUUGUGCCCUGUGUUUACAUCUACUGCCGGCCCUUCACUACUCUGCCCAUGGAUACGGCUGUGUCCAUCAAUAACACAGUCAUCACUCCCAUGUUGAACCCCAUGAUCUACACCCUGAGGAAUCAAGAGAUGAAGUCAGCCAUGAGAAGACUGCAGAAGAGACUGGGGCCUUCUGAGAUCAGAAAACUGGGGUGA